AUGGACGGCGGCACAGGCUUCCCCUCUGGCUCGGACGUCCUGGCGCGCAUCUUCCGGCGCGUCCAGGGCAACGCCCGCCGCCGCCUCCGCCUGGUUUGCCGGCACUGGCGCCAGGUCAUCGACACGCGCACGGCGACGAGCCUGAAAAGCCGCGCCAUGACGCUCGUCGUCACCGUGGAGCGCGCGUACGUCUUCGACGACCUAUCCACGGAGCGAUGCAGCUGGGAGAUGACUCAGUGGCCCGGCCGCUUCUGGGACCCUACGAAGAUGGUAGGAUCAUGCAACGGCAUCAUCUGCUUGUGCGACCGUAUCGGCAACAUCCUUCUACACAACCCGGUGAACCACGAGUAUCUGGCCGUGCCGAGCCUGCCGCCGGGGUACCACAGCGGCACCCCGAUCUGGCACCAGACCUACAGCUUCACGCACGACCAGGCGACGGGUCGCUACAUGGUCGUGCACGCCCCGGGAAUCUUUGGUGGCCAAGUCAUGGUGUUCGUGCUCGGAGAAGCGUCCUGGCGGGACGUCGCCGUACCCUUCCCAACUCACAACUUCAAGGACGGUUUUCUAACCAUCGACAGCACGAUGUACUGGGCCGUGGAGGGCAAAAAAGGGAAGAAGGUCAUCAUGUCGUUUGAACUCGACGGCGAGCGGGCUCCGUCUGUCGUUCCACUACCGUCGUCCACAGCAGAUGACUCCUGGCGCUUGACCCAGGUGCUUGGGAGGCUCGCCAUCGUCUUGGGUACCGAGGUGUGGGUCAUGGAGCAGCUCAGGUGGAGCCGCUGGUAUAGCCUGCAGUUCUGGCGACCGCGGAAUCAACCAAAAUGGCACGACAGCCAGCAUCUCACGCGGCCGCACUUUGCUCUUGGAAGCAAUCGCGUCUUGGCGUGGCAGUGGCUAUCCACGGGGGGAGGCUGCGCAUUGUACCAGUACACCGCGAGCAACGACACCAAAAAGGCACGGCGUGGCACGGUGGACAUCGGAGGGAGUGGCCAGGGUACGAUGGUAGCCGAAAUUACGACGGCGUACGAUACCUUCCAAAGGUUUGACUACGUUCAGACCAUGGAGAAAUUGAGGGUCUACAAGUGCUGGUGA